AUAUCUUUACUAUAUUCAAAUGGAUAAAUUUAUAAUAUUUUGCCGUUUAUAUUAACACUUACAAACUUAAAUGUUGUAUAAACGAAUCAUGGUUAUGAAUAUUUCGUUUUGAAAUCAUUAAAAGAAAGCGCAUCUUAUAUGUGCAUGUUUUCAUUAAUUAUAAACUGGUUCACGUACGUCGCUGUCUGUCACACAAUUAUUUGCGUCAUCUCGAGAUAUUUGUAGAUGAGAUUUUUAUAAGUGUUUUUGAUGCAGUUUUAAUUUUGUUCUAUUGUGUUUCACAUAAAUUAAGGUGAGAAUAGUGACAAAUGAGUGACAAGAAACAACGAGAAUGGCGAUGUAAAUUGUCUUUUGCAGUGUAACGAAAAAUAUAUGGAAUCGUUCUUUCGGCACAGAUUUUCUUGAUACGUGUAAAUAACAUCCAUUUACUACAUUGGAAAACAUUAAAAAAAGAUUCAUCUUAAAUUAUAGAGAUGACUCUUAUUGAGGGUGUCGGAGAUGAAGUCACAGAUUUUUUUAUUGUUAUGGUUGUACUAUUGAUAGGCUGGCUUGCCUGGUGUUCUACAAGUAUUAUAGAUCAACCAUUAGUACGCACAGUAUUCAUUUUACAACAUGGAACACGCACACGCAUUGCUGAGCUUCGAUCAAAUCAUCAAAGUGUAACCUCUUUUAAUCGUCCACCAAAUUUGGAAAUAUCAGAAGAAGAAUCUGCAGAACCAAUUACAGAUGAUAACAGUGACAAUGCACAAAGUUGCCCUGAACCAUCUGUUGCAGAUACAAAUGGAGAAGUUUCUCCAGAAACACAUACAACAUCUGAGGCAACUACUACGGAAGAAGUACUUAUUGAAGCUAUGGACUCUUUUAAUGAUGAUAGUACAACAUUAUUACAAAGACAAACUAAAGUAAACACAACAGAAGAAACGAAUGUACCAACAUCAACAGGUUCUGAUACUGUACAAUGUUCAGCUGAAAAUCUUUCAACGAAUAAUGCAAAUGAAAUUAGCAUAAAACUCAUAUUUAUAAAUGAUGAUCAAAAAGUAGUUACCGGUAGUCUCAAAGAACUGCUUGGGGACUUCAAAAGGAGGCAUUUUCAAAUAGAACUUGAAGCACAGAAAUUGGUGCGGUUAAUUUUUAAAGGUCGAGUAUUGCAGCCUGACAGUCAAACAUUGGAACGAUGUGGAUUGUAUAACAAUUGUGUUGUUCACUGUCUAGUGCACCAACCUCGACCUAGCCCUGUACAACCUCAAACAUCAACUUUGAAUAAUUCAUCGUCUAUGUAUUUUAAUCCUCAGUACGUAAUUAGUUCAGUACGCAACGAGUGGAAUUUGAGUAGACUGUUAGUGAGCAUUUUAACACUUAUGUUAUGUUUAGCUUGGUAUUCUAGAUAUCACUAUGCUCAACUUUUCACUGCAACUACUACGAUUGCAUUAUAUGCGCUUACUGUAAUUUUCACAGGCUCAUUGUUAGGUAAUUAUUUUCCUGAUUAUGACAAUAUCAGAAAUAUUGAAUAAAUUUGAAUUAGGUAUCUCGAAAAGCACUUUCAAACACGAUUUUGU